AUGCCCACCGCAAGUGAUAUCUCUGCUUUCGAGCACUCCGUCGAACCAGCUCCAGCUAAAACGCUCUUUCGUGAUAAGAAAUGGACCUAUAUUCAGGAUUCGACUAGUAACACUGCUGCGUUUGUCAACUGGGAAGAGGCUGUCAUUGAUCUUCCAAUCAAGCUUCAGAUUCUCAAUGCUGGAGAAUCUUCAGUUACCUCGACCGCUGCUUUUGUUGUAGAUGGCGUGACCGUUCAGACGAAUCAAGUUCAUGAAAAUGUGAAUGCUACGUUCAAGGCGCUAACCGAAUGGGACUACAACUCCUACAUUAAACAAGGACCAAGGAGCAACUUCGUGCUAGAUGAAUAUCGUCUACCAAUUCCCGGAGUCGCCCAAAAUCUUGACAACAUGACAACAUCCAAUUAUAUUAAUGGCACCGUUGGCGAAUGGGGUCUUUUUAACACAUUUUCGAAUGUAGGUGCGUACGAACGAUCGCUAUUCACCGCGCUUGAUCAAAGCAGCGGUAAACUUGCAUAUGAUAUCAUGGGAUCUAAUGCCAGUAUCCAAGCUGUGUCAAAGCCGCAAGUAUACGUCGCGCCAGCUGGCGCCGUUGCUGCCGGUGCUCCAUUUUACGUAGCUCUUUAUUUAGCCUGCAUUAAGCUCUCUGACUUAUCCGACUACUUCAAAUAUGGCCAAUGCAAAAGAACACGAAGGGCAGGUACGGUUGCAGCAACGAAUAUUGCUAGCAUGAACAGUAACAUGAGCUUCGGCAACACUUGCCCAAUUCUCCGGAAUGCUGUUCCAGGAUCAACAAAUUUAUUAGUCACAGCCGAUGUUGAUGGUACUGCAACUUCGGGAAGUGGUAUUGCUCCAUCGCAGACAUUCUCUCGUCUACUGGUUCCAACGUAUAGCCCAAAUCCAUCAGCUGACAACGCUCUCAUCCCAAAGAAGAUGUUCCGUUACUUUGAGCGUGUAACCAACAAGUUUACUGUCCAAUCCGGUCAGUCAUUUUCAUGGGCGGUGACGAAUGGUAUUGCCAAUCCGAAGAAAUUGAUUAUGCAACCUGUUAUUACAAAUGUAACGCCUGGACCAAGCUCUUUACCAGAUGUGAUCAAUCCAUUCCGUAGUUGCUUUUCAACGAUGCCAGCCACGACGAGUCCUUAUGCAGCUUUAAAAAAUAUCCAAGUAACAGUGGGUAACGUCCCAAUUUGGAAUAACCCUGCCAACUUCGGCUACGAUCUAUUCGUACAAGAAAUGUCAAAAUCUAGCGUUGAUGGUGGCCUCAAUGAUGUCACUAAUGUUGGCUUACUGUCUCAGCGUAUAUGGGAAUCACUGUACCGAUUCAUUGCUGUUGACAUGGGCCGUCGUCUACCCAGCGAAGAUGGUGCAAGCAAGUCGAUCAGUGUUUCGGGCACGAACAACACGAACUACGCGCUUACGAUUUAUGAUCAUAUUCUACGUGAAGUCGUAGCAACUGUAGAUACUGCUAUGGGAACUGUCUCUCAAGACGCGGCUUAA